GUCAGGUUUAUAUACGAAGAGUCCCAGAAGGGAGCAUCAAUCCUCGGACGCCUAUACGAUGGUCUUGACUCAUUAGCUAUGUCUUGUUUUCAGCCCGUUCACUAUGUGCCUGCCAGUCGCCAGGCUCAAAUAUUGGCUAUGCCAGUGAAGCGCAUACUCGCCGUUCCACAUCGAAAGGCAGGGGGUACUAGUAGUCCCCUUUUCGCGUUUUGGAGGGAUAAUCGUCACAAGCCACUGGCCAAUAUGGCAUACAAAAAAUACAUCUGAAUGAGCAUAUUUCCCCCUGUGUAUGUCUGUAGGAGUGCCUAAAAGAAUGGAGCAUCUCCAAAUAACGCUAUUAGUCGAUUGUAAAUGGGCCAGUGAGCAAUUAAAAAUUCGAAUAAAGUCUAGAUAGAAAGC